AUGGUGAUUGCAUCAUCUUUCAUGGUUAACGAGUCAACUGACUGGAUUUUGAGGCAACCAGAGAUACUAGCAGUUGCAUAUUCUGGAACUAUUGCAUCUGCUCUUAACUAUGGAAUCAUUACAUGGAGCAAUAAGAUCUUGGGGCCAGCUUUGGUUUCCCUUUAUAAUCCGCUUCAACCUGCAUUUUCUGCCUUCCUGUCCCAAAUUUUCCUUGGCACUCCAAUUUACUUGGGAAGCAUCCUAGGGGGAUCUUUGAUCGUUGCUGGUCUCUAUAUAGUUACUUGGGCAUCCUAUAGAGAGAAACAAAAAACUUUUGUAGUUACUCCUAAUGGCUCUUGGAUCUCUGAACCACUUAUUCAUGAAAAAGGUGAAUAUCAGAAUUCAGGAUCCUCCAAUUCACUAUCAAAGCCAAGCUCAUCAAAUGAAUGGUUGAAUGACAAUGUGCCUGGCUUCGGAACUAAGCAUUGCGGUUGGUUUUGGCAUCACUGUUUCAACGAUCGAACUAACCCAACAACCCCAUUUGGUGUUUUAGAGGGUGUCGGAGUUGUUGUAGAGAGUGGAUUCAUUCCAAUGGGAGCAGCUGGAGUUGGAGUGGGUGUGGGGGGUGACAUAUGGAAGGCCCAUACGGCCAUGGCGAUGGUGCAGCUUUUCAAUGGCAUCUACCAUGUCAUCACCAAAGUGGCCCUUAAUGUUGGCGUCAACCAAUUAGUCUUCUGUGUCUUUCGCGAUGCCAUUGCUCUUUCAAUCCUCGCACCCCUUGCUUAUAUUCGUGAAAAACGGAUUCGACCACCCACUACUAAGAACCUCCUGGUUUCAUUCUUCUUUCUUGGAUUAACUGGGAUAUUUGGCAACCAGCUUUUGUUUCUUAUUGGUUUAAGCUAUACUAAUCCAUCUUAUGCGGCUGCCAUACAACCGGCCAUUCCGGUCUUUACCUUUAUGUUGGCUGUAAUGAUGGGUACAGAAAGAGUAAACCUAGCCAGAUAUGAUGGUCUGGCAAAAGUUGGAGGAACCAUCAUCUGUGUUUCUGGUGCCAUAUUAAUGGUUUUGUAUCGUGGUCCAGCUUUGAUAGGACAUGCUCCAAUCGAUCAUGGUACACAAAAUGAAAUAAGUGCCAAAGGACAGCCAGAGCCAACUGGAUGGUUAAUUGGUGCUUUACAAGCUAUCGGGUUUGACCGUUUUCAUCUUGGGGUUCUGUGCUUGAUUGGGAACUGCAUUUGUAUGGCUGCGUUUCUAGCCAUUCAGGCACCAGUAUUAAAAAAAUAUCCAGCAAACAUAUCUGUCACAGCAUAUUCAUACUUAUUCGGAACUUUACUGAUGGUCACGGUGUCAUCAUUCGUGAAUACCGAGUCAAGUGACUGGAGUUUGGCAUCAUCAGAAGUACUUGCUGUUAUUUAUGCUGGAACUGUUGCAUCUGCACUUAACUAUGGACUCAUUACAUGGUGCAACAAAAUCUUGGGGCCAGCCAUGGUUUCCAUUUACAAUCCGCUUCAACCUGCGUUUUCAGCCAUCCUGUCACAAAUUUUCCUUGGAAGUCCAAUUUACUUGGGAAGCAUCAUAGGAGGAUCUUUUAUCAUUACUGGUCUAUAUUUGGUUACUUGGGCAUCUUUUAAAGAAAAACAAGCAAAUCUUGGAGGUGGAGUUGCUGCUCAUGCCUCUUGGGUCUCUGAACCACUUGUUCACGACAGAAGUCCACUCCAGAAAGGUCACCCAUUUUCGGGGUCCUCCACCGCUUCCCCAAAAGCAUUAUCAGAUUAA